AAAUGGGUGCGUGACUUGAUGGGGGUGAAAGUGAAAGGAGUUGUGCGGUGAGGAUAUAAAGCUGUGCCUGGACCACAGUAGCCCAUUUAUCUGCAGAUCCUUGUUUAAAAUAUUAAGACACAGACAGAGAACAACUAAGACAGAAUGUCCUUACGGUUGGCUGCACUUCUUCUGUUGACAUCAGUCCUCUGGAGCCAUGCAGCAGCAAACACAGAUAAAGCAAUGGACUGCUGCUUGACAACAACCGAUGCCAAACUUCCCCACAGAGUGGUGAAGUCAUUCCGUAUCCAGACAGUCAGUGGAGGAUGUCGGAUACCUGCCACUGUGUUUGUCACGAGGAAGAAUCUUAGACUGUGUGCUCCUCCUGCCACAAAUAACAACUGGGUGACCAAACUCAUCAAGCAACUGAAGAGGAAAUCGCAGAAUGGAAAGGCCAGAAAAGGGAAAAAUGGCAAGAACAGUAGACACUGAAAGACUGUGGUUGAUCCCUGAACAUGGAGCUCCAGAACACGUUCUGCAAGAAACAAUAAUCAGCAGUUGGACACAUUUUGUCAAUGACAUUUUAGAAGUUAGUUCUCAUUGUAGGGUGGAUGCACUGUGAUACUGUUGAAUCGAUUGAAUUCUCCCAGUUGCCAUUUUUCUUUUUGACCAACACUGUUUCAUGUGUACUUCAUGUACUGCAGAAAAAACACUGCGUCUUUUCUAACCUUUCUCACAGUCACUUUAAGUCCCUAUAAGCUGGAUUUUGUAUUGUAUAGAUACAUUUUAUGUAAAUAAAGUGUUUGUUUUUUUAAAGAAA